UUCGCAACGUCGACUUCCUUCCGCUCAUUUAUACCUGAACUCAGACCUGUACAUAUUCAAAGAGAAUGGCAGAAUUGCCAGCGAAACGCCCACUGACCGACACGCAUCACUCGGCCAGUGUUGCUUCAAAUGUACCUCCACCGACUGGCGCGACAGAGGACUUGGCAGCGGCUCUACGAAACAUAGGCUCUCGCGUUAGAAAGCAUGUGACCGAGGGUUAUAGGUCCGCGCCAUCGCCCAACGCGUCUCCUACGAAGGCCAACAUAUUUCGCACCGCCAACGAUGCACUGCAAGACGCGCUGCACUCUCUAAGUAAGGCGGGAGAAAUAUCCCCUCGAAAGCGCGGUCGCGUUAGAGCGAGUUCCGUCUCUGAAGAGGAGGACGUCCCUCGGGCGAAAGACGGCGAGGAUACCGUAAUGGCGGACCCGUUCAUUGACACCAGUGGCGCGCCACUUCCUCCUCAGUCUAUCUUCAACCGUCCAAUGAAGCCAUUGCGGAAGGCUCGAGCUGCCGCUCAUAGCCCUGGAGAGGGCAACCCGCAUCAAAAUCUCGCAUCCAACGUCGCUCUCGACGAAUUCAAGUCAAUCCCAACUCCCAUGGAAGGCUAAACCGAGACGGAGGAUUCGCCUGUCACUGUAACUUAUCGCUAUGUGCUGUGCCCACAGUCGCUGUCGACUGGGCACAUUGUUGUGUACCCUGUUUUUCUGUAUCUGUGUCACACUCGUUGUACAAGACGACAUGUUGUCAGACCGCGCCAGGUGACGGACCGUCAGGUACCCACGCUCGUGGCAGCCAUGUCGCCUACAAUAUCCAACGCUAAGCCCGGUGUGGGUGUUCAUCAGGAUGGGUGGACGCCGAAAGAAGCGCGGUUCUCCGGCACGUGACGCCCGCAGACCUGGGUCGCGUUGGACAGAUCUGACCACGAUCUUCUCUCUUGUAUUUAUGUUGUAUCACAUAGACCCCCCAUUCCCA